AUGGCUCAUGCACUGAGAUCCAUUAGCAGGAACCUUUGGGGUCUGAGUUACCAAAGCUCUUCACUCAUUUACCACUGUGCAAUAGAACCAGCAGUCCUGUAUGGGGCUGAGAUUUGGGGGUAUGCAACAAGAAAACAACAAAUUAGAAGGAAAUUACUCGCCAUUCAACGAAGCUGUCUCAUCACAGUGUGCAGGGCCUAUCGCACGGCCCCAACUAGCGGGCUGCAAGUGAUUGCAAAUUCUGUCCCCCUUGACCUUAAAGCCUCGGAAAGGUAUUGGGACUUCCAACUUAGGCAUUUCUCUGAUCAGCUGGCCAUAUCUGAGACCACCCCUACCCAAGUGAAAGACAUUGCAGUCAAAAUCCACAACCAUGGAUCUGAUAGAUUCAGCGACUACUACCUAUUGCACCCGGCCACUGAUCCCCCAGAUGUGGUACUUUGCACAGAUGAAAACAAAAACAUAGCUACAAAGUUUUACACAGAUGGGUCAAAAGGCCUAAUGGGGGUGGGUGCAGCUUUUGUAGAAAUAGAUUGUAACAAUAGGGUGGUUCAUCAAGCCUAUUACAAACUAGGACCCUUCUGUACGAUAAAUCAGGCAGAGAGUCUGGCCAUCCUCAAAUCCCUGGAGCAUAUUCAGAGAACAAUCAAUAACAGGACCAAAGAAGAAAUAACAAUUAUUAGCGAUAGCAGGGUGGCUCUUCACCAAAUAAAAGCAAUGAACACUAAAUUCAAGCUAAUAAAAGAUAUCAUCCACAUGGUGUCUAAUCUGAAAAGUAAUCACAUCAAAGUACACUUUCAUUGGACAAAAGGGCAUUCUGGAGAAAUAGGUAACGACAAAGCAGACUUUCUGGCAAAGAAAGCUAUAAGUCAUUUAAAUGAUCCAACCUUCUCGCUUGUUCCCUAUAAAUGGGUAAAGAACCAGCUCAAAGAAUUCACAAUCAACAGGUGGCAAGAGAGGUGGGCCACGGAGAUGACAGGCAGAGUGACCUUCAACUUUUUCCCGGACGUCAAAGGGAGGGAUAAAUUGAGCCACUUCAAUCCUGAUUUUCAUAUUACCCAAUAUAUUACUGGUCAUGAUGGCUUCAAACAAUAUCUCAACAGGUUCCUAAACAAAGUGACCAGUAUUUGUGAAUGCCAGGAAGAAGAUGAAACUCCAGAACACAUUUUGUUUACCUGUGUCAAGCACGUCACUCAUCGCAAGCAGCUCAAGCAUGUAAUGUAUCAAUAUUCUCAGGAGUUCCACUGGCCCUGUCGAAGUUAG